UGCCAUUUUUUCGGAAAAAACAAAUGUGAUUAGUUUAGGCAAAGCAGAGAUAAACCGUGAGUUUCUUGCGUCGUCAAUCUUUCGCGGUUUUGUUAAAUCUGUUGGCGCACUGAAUCUACAUUCUGCACAACUAUUAGCGACGCUUGGUUGAUUUAAACUCGGACUGAAGCGCAGGUUAGCUCGCAGCUUCAAGCUGCAGAUGGCUGCUUAGCUCGUCUGGCUAGCGUUAGCUGCUGCUGUAAACAAACACUCGAGACUGUAAAGGAGUACCUGCUGAUAAACGGGGGGCAGUGGCUGCAGGUUUGUGAGUUACAGAGGAGAUUUAGGAUAGUAAUCUCAGCUUGUGAAGAGCCAACACGACGUUAGAAGCAGUAGUAGUGGAGGAGCAUGUCUGUAAGUUAGCGACACAACUUCAGUUUUGAUGACAGUGCGAGUUUCUCCACACUAGCUCAGAGCUCAAUCGCUUUGGAGCAGGUCGGAAACAUCAAAACACACACAGAGACAUACACAGACAUGUCGUCUUUCUCUGAGUCCGCCCUGGAGAAAAAGCUGUCGGAGCUGAGCAGCUCGCAGCAGAGCGUCCAGACUCUAUCUCUGUGGAUCAUUCACCACCGCAAACACUCCGGUCUCAUCGUCAAAGUGUGGCACAGAGAGCUGAAGAAAGCUAAGAGCACAAGGAAGUUGACGUUCCUCUACCUGGCCAAUGAUGUCAUCCAAAACAGCAAGAAGAAAGGACCAGAGUUCACCAAAGACUUUGAGUCUGUUCUUGUUGACGCCUGCUCGCAUGUUGCCAGUGAUGCAGAUGAGAACUGUAAAAAACACAUGGAGAGAUUGCUGAACAUCUGGAAGGAGAGGAGCCUCUACAGAGCCGACUUCAUUCAACAACUUAAACUGGCCAUUGAAGACUCCAACAGCCCCAGACCUCCAGAAGAGAAGAAGGCCAUCAAACGAAGCUAUCAGAAGAUCCAAGAAGAGGAAGACGAUGAGGACGACGACUACAGAAGCCACAACUCCCCCCGUAAUUCAGAUGCAACCGCAACUCAGCUGACAGAAGAGCUGGUGAAGGCCCUGCAGGACUUGGAGAACGCUGCAUCAGGUGACGCUGCUGUUCGUCAGAAGAUCGCCUCGCUGCCGCAGGAGGUGCAGGACGUUUCUCUUCUGGAGAAAAUCACUGACAAGGAGGCAGCAGACAAGCUGUCGAAGACAGUGGAUGAAGCCUGUUUGCUGCUGGCAGAGUACAACGGCCGAUUGGCUGCAGAGUUGGAGGACCGGAGACAGCUGGCUCGCAUGCUGACUGAAUACAUCAGCAGCCAGAAGGAGGCGCUGACAGAGAGAGAAAAGAAACUAGAGGAAUAUAAACAGAAACUGGCGAGGGUGACCCAAGUGAGGAAAGAGCUCAAAUCGCACAUCCAGAGUCUCCCUGACCUCUCUCUCCUGCCCAAUGUGACCGGGGGUCUGGCCCCGCUCCCCUCGGCCGGAGACCUCUUCUCCACCGACUGAGAGGCCUUUGCUCAGACAAACUACCCCCGUGCUCCCCCCGCCCCGCCCAAACCCAGCCCCAUGUUUGAUACACAAAAUAUUCCCUGCAAGGAGGCACAUGUGGUCAAACCUCUCCCGAGCAGAGUAGCUAGCACACAUGCUAACUCCAAAUCUGCAGAACAAGAGGGAGGAAGGGACAUGAGAAGGAAGGUUUGGUGAAGUGCUCUACAGAGAACAGAGACUCUGUCAGCCUGGAUUUUUUCCCGCUCUACCGUCAAGGAUUCCACUCCACCAGCUUGGAACGAGUUAGUUUCCUGUUAGUUUUAAUUUUUUUUAAUGCUGGAAAUGUCAGUGAUUUAGGAGGGGGGGCGGGGUAAAGACGCAAAAGCUUAGACCGAUAGAAAUGUUGGUUGUCAAGUGUCUUUCUGUGGGGUGUAUUUUGGAUGCAGCGAGCAACAGUUUGCUCUCACAAUUCUCAGAGGUUGCGCUUUCACUGUGAUGAGAAUGUACUGUUAGUUUCUUUUUAUGGCCUUCAGUUGGUGAUCUGAUACAUGUAGGUGUAUUUGAUGUGUGUGUGUGUGUGUGUACAGUUCAGGUUGGGUUCAGUGUAUGUUCUUUUUUGGUUGUUUCAUGAGUUCUUGGUUGGCAGCAGUGACAUAGCAAACAAAUUUCAGUAACACUUGACAAGAGUCAGUGAUUAAACAGGACAUGUGGGACAGUAUCAUCCUGUUUGCACAAGCCUUGGUUUUCACACUGCGUUUAGCAAUCGUUCAUUCUCAUUUACAGACUUUGAGACUCAAAACGGCCAUACAUUUAGGUUUGUUUGUUUGUUUUCAUGCUUCAAUUUGGACGUUUGUGCUUGAAAUAGUAUAAGGCUAAUUAUGUUAACAAGUGUGUACUAGACAAGGUUUUGAGAAGAAAUACUGGUAGUUUGAAAAAACAACGAAGUUUCCUUUCCAAGAAACGGUCUUGUAUAAAAAAUGAAACCCCAAAACUCAAAAAAUGUAUCUCCUGAGAGGGCAAAAAAGUAGAGCAAAGUAAAUAAAUUAAAAGUUUUAGUGUGUGUAAGAUUGGAUAAUAUGGACUUCAAAGAAAAAUAGGUCAGAGGAUAUAGUUAUAUAUUGUUAUAUAUCACCUAACAUCUGUUUUGGUGUAAAGAAUCAGAACAGCUUGUGUAGUUAUGUUCAUUUCAUUAGAUGGUGAUGUGAAAUGGACUGGAGCUGUCAUUUAUUUUCAGCUGCAUUUUCAAGUUUUUAAGACCAUUGUGUAUAAAUGACUCACAAUAUGAAACACCCACAGCAUGAUCACAAUGAGCAAUAAUAACUGAUACAUAUUGCUCAGCCCCAAUCGUGUAUAGACAUUCAGUGAUUUAAUAUUUUACAAAAAACAACUGCAGAUUCACCACUGCAGUCCCCCUUUUUUUUUUUUAAAUUGAGAUAAUAAGGUCAGGAAGAGUGAGGUGUUCCCCAAAUAACCCUUGGUACAGCAAUUUGUAAUGAUUUUGUGAACAGUUUUCUGCCAAGGCCAGAAUAACAUGGACCAUUUGUUUAGUUUAUAUUUAAUUUUCACUUAUUUGUAUACAGAAAGAAAUUUUCCUUGAUUAUGUCUGAUGAUAAAAAGUCACAGAUGUUUACCUAGAUAAACUCCUCAUUUCAUUUAAGUUGUCAGAAGCUGAUUGUGGCUUCUGCUGCUGGUGAGAUGAGCUUUGUCUUCAGUUCAAGAGAAGACGGUAUUGACGAUUACCUGCUGAUGCAACAGGCUCAGGUGAGAAAUGCUGCUGCAAAACCUCUCGGAAAUCUCUGAUUGUUUUGUGUCUCCUGGCCAACUGUAACCAAAAAAUAUUCCAAACAACAGGUUAAAAUGUGAAUCGCAGCAGCUUCAGCAGUGUUUGUUAAACCAAAGGACGUUUUCAUAACAGUCACCGACAGAGACCCAUAACAGAUAUUUGGGCCUGUUAUUGGCACCUGAUGUCAGAUAAAGUUUCUGUGGCUUUGGAUGUUAAAUUAUAAAAGAAAAAGAACAGCGAUUGUAGGAAUUUUGAUCUGUCAUUUGGCUCAGUUUCAAAUGUAGUUCAGUGGUAAACUAACGAUGCAUAUGAAAAGAAAGUUCUGAACAACCAUUGCACACCAGGAAGUAUUUUGGCAACAUUUUGACCCAGGUGUGCUUCACUGUAGAUAUUAGUUAGAUAUUUUCUUACUUACCUGCUGUGUGGUACGGUAUGCGUUUACGCAGAACCGUACUGUACUAGCAGGACUCUACCAGUAGGGGUAGUGUUUUUCUGUAAUAAAAGUGAUUUAAGUGGAUGCCAA